ACACGGAAGCAAAAACCACUCAGAGGAAAAGGGAGGAAGUCAGGAAGCUCCCUGUUUGUGACAGCCGUAUUAAAGAAAAGCACUGUUAAAAAAAGGCCGGACUUGAGCUUGAACUCUCGUCCUUCUCGGUUAGAACUCGACUCCCAAACACGCCGCUGACAUGUCAAAGAACACUGUGUAUGCCCGCUUCAGGCGACUGGACGUGGAUGAGUACGACGAGAACAGAUUUGUGGACGAGGAGGACGGAGGAGAAAACCAGCUGGGUCCCGACGAGGCAGAGGUGGACUCCCUCAUCAGACAAGGGAAUGUCAUGGAGGCUUUACAAGCAGUCCUGAAGAACCCGCCAAUCAACACAAAGAACCAGAACGUCAAGGAUCGUGCUGAGGCUUUGGUGCUGAAGGUGCUCAGCGCCUUUAAGAGCAGUGACAUUGAGAAGGGGGUGCAGUCCCUCGACAAGAACGGCGUUGACCUGCUGAUGAAAUAUAUCUACAAGGGCUUUGAGAAGCCGUCAGAAAACAGCAGCGCGGUCCUACUGCAGUGGCAUGAAAAGGCCCUGGCAGCUGGAGGAGUGGGCAGCAUCGUCAGGGUACUAACAGCAAGGAAGACGGUCUAAAAGAGGAGUGGAGUAUCAGUUUAUUCCACAUCACUGACACACACAGGAUACUGUUCAUGUAAUCAUAACAGAUGGCAUAGGGACUAAAGGAAAAAACUGAUUUUCACCCCAAUGUGAUCCUGCUGUGUUCAAGGCUAGACUACAAAAAAAAAAAAAAUCAAAUCAAAUCUGGGUCACAUUAGGUUAAAAAAAAAAAAAAAAAAAAAAAAGGUUUUUCUUCUUUCUUCCCAUUAAUGAUCACAGCCGACUAAAUCAUAUUUCUCACAGGGUGCUACAGAGAACCUCAUAUCCCAUGUGUCUGUGCUGCUUCCCUGAUCUACUCACAGUAUCCCGCUUUCUCUCCAUGUCAUUUCUAUGCACACCAGUGGUUCCCAACCUAGAGGAGAUAAAUCGUAGAACAAAUGCAAGAAAAACACAUUCCCACUAAAGGAAACCUAUGUGAGACCUUUCAUUAAUUUCCUUUGCUUUUUUGUGAGUUACUGGAUAAUUUUACCUCUUAUUGGUCACAAGCCAUAGAGGUUGGGAGCUACUGCUGAACACAAUACUGUACCUACACACUCUUAUAUGAACAACACAUUUGUGCUCAAUCACAGGUGUGACUCUUAGCAAUGUAUCCUCCAUUGACUUCAACACAGAGGGCUUCAGCUUUGCCUCUCUCAGAAAAAAACCUCUGUAUUUGUUUUCCAUCGUUCUCUUGUGUUGUCUCUACAGUAGAGACUUCCCGAUGGAAUAAAAGCCUCGGUAAAUCCUCUCAUUGCCUCGCCCUGUAACACUUGAGCAGUGGGAGGCUCUUAAAAAGCACAGUCACAGAUGGAGGGUGGUGGAUUUGCUCGUGGGGGUCACCAUUUACCCUGUGGAGUGGGAGAAAAGGGUGUCAUCCAUCCAUCCAUCCUUUCAAGCUGCCUGCUGCCCCGGUUCAGGGAUUAUUACACACGAUGCAUCUCCACCGCUACUCUUAAUAAUCCCAUUUUACUGUUCCUCACAUCCCUCGUGUGUGACUCUCAUGCACCCUCUGCUGCUGUACGGGGCGUCAUGUGGCUCUGCUGGUACCGUUUAUAGGAGCUGCAUUUAUUUCUGACAUGUCCCUGAGAAUCCUUUCUCAGAUAGUUUAUUUUUAUUUUUGGUAUUUAAAAGAAAAAUAAUCUAGGAUUAAACAUUUUCCUCUUGGUUUUGUUUCAUAGUAGAGAAUUUUUUGCUUCAAGGCCAAAUCCCUACUUGAUCGAAAUUAACAACACUGCUUAAAAGGUUUGACAAUAGCAGCGUGGUUGAUUUGCAGGAAAGACUAAGUUAAGAUAAUGAAUAUUUUGUCUCUCUGAAAACGGAGAGGGAAUUAUGUAAUUUAAAACAAAUAUUGUUUGCAUGAUCCCACUUUUGAGUAUUUUCUCAAGCAUUUCAUACCUGCCCUUUUUUUUUUUUUUUGGUAUUGAAUCAGAGUUUCAAAUUGCACUCGUUGAUUCAAACCGAUCCUCCACACAUGGUAAUGUCUGGGAAUAGGAAGUCAUGCUGUUACUACCACAUAUGCUUUUUAUUUCCAUACAUUUUAUAACCCAAGCAGGAAAACUGGAAAUGUAAAAGUUUUAUCUGCCUUAUCAGGUAGAUUACGUCUGUUGCCAAAUUAUUUAUUUUGCUUUCAUGGAAAUAUUGUAGCGUACGUUGAUGAAUUAUUUGCCCUUGUGUAUUGGAGAAUAAUUUUUAUAACAAAGUGGUUGAGUUCUAACUAUAAACAGUAUAAAUGAACAUAAAAGCAAAGUGUAACGGUCAAAAAGUUGCUCUUUUGAAAAUAUUAUGUAGACAUAGUGAUUAGGGGAAUUCAGUUCCAGCAUAAUGUUUUGUUCCUGCUCAUUUCCAUUCACACACACGGAGUGGAAUUUUCCAAUGGAUGUUGCUUUUUCUGAAACACGCAUCACAGUUGUUUUACUCAAGAGUUAUCACCAGUUGUUAUUGAGACAUGGGUUUUCAUGUUUGAAUACUGUCAUCAGUGAUGAUGCAUCCAGACAUUAGAUUCCUUUUCUAAUGCAGUAAAGUCUAGUUUUACAUGAAAACAAAAGGAGAACAGCCUGAUUUCUUCAUGUAUUUCUAGUCCCAGAUGCUCUUCCUCGGAGGACGAGAAGACGAGGGAACGUAACAAACUGAUGUACAAACUGCCUUACUCAAUAUUACUUUUUUAUGUUUGUGCUUUUUUGACAAAUAAAUAAGGUAUGAAUGCUUA